AUGCCAUACUACCAUCAGCGCAAUAUACAGCACCACCCGGAGUCCCUGCUGGUCUCACUACCUGGAGGAGGCAGCGAGCAAGACCCCAUGAAUCUUGUCGGUUUGGACUGGGAGGAGAUCCGUCAACUCGCGGCUCAGGGAAAUAUCAGUGAGCUCCGAUCGGUCGCCGGCAACAGGACAUGGAUCACCACCCACCGAUACUGCGGUGUCGGCGACGGAGUGGACUUCCUGGAACAGUAUUUGCAUGAUCUGUGGCAUGUCUACUAUCAAGCGGGCAGAUACCUGUCGCACAAAAGCCCCGAGCACGAUUCGAUGGUUCUCGAUAUCCUGCGCAUCAAGGGCAAAGGCCCGCUUUCGAGACCAGUGAGGGGAGUUCUCGGCGUCGAUGUCGCAAGGACCAAGGACGGCACACUGUGGAACGACCUGCCAUUUUUUGUGUCCGACAUGGUCGAUUUCUGGAUCAACGGGUUCGUCACGAUGUCUGUAUCCCAGCGGGUUAACCUGUCCACCUUUCUCGCCAAACUGGCAUCGACCCGCAUCUGCAAGGACCGGCUGUGCCAGAUUGCCCUGUUUCUGUUCCGCGCUACUUUGGAGAAUGGAGGACGAGAGCUCCGCAGCGAGUUCGACUCCGAGGACGAAGACCCAAUCCGCACGAUGGACAGACUCACCAUCGCAACCCUGCUGCCAUCAGUCCACGCGUGGAUUGAUGAGGCUGGGGAUAACCUUGUCCAACUCGCGGAUGUCUCGUGGAAUGACUGUCCAAAUGUCAUCGGACGCGGAGGAGGGGGAUUCAAAGAGUGGGAGGUAGCGCAGCAGCCGCAGAGCGGGUUUACGCCCUGGAGAUGGAUCUUCUGGGUUAAGCGUCUGAGUGAGAUCAAGGAAGAGGCAGCAGAAGCGGGUGACAAGAAGCUUGAGGAGGACCUUGCUGAGACUAUUGAGAGGAUGCUAGACCAAGCGGAGGAGCGGAACUCGCAUGUGUUGAGGGUCUAUGAGAAUGGUCCACCAGCUCUGCGCGAGGAUAAGCAUUUGCGCUGCCUGAGGAAGGUCUUGAAAAGGAUGAAGGUUGAGGAUGACAGCGACGACGAUCAACAAAAUGAGGAUGGGAAGGAGGAGAGUGAAGAAAAGAAGAGCGAGGGGGAGGAGUAG